AUGGUCCGAUUGCUUGGCAUCGACUUCUCUCCACUGAGUGAGCCAUGGGAUAGGAAACUGGAGAGCCUGGGUGUCGCGAUACUGUCUGGGAUGUGCAAGUACAACCAGUGGGUCAUGGACUACUUCCAGUCGGACGUUCAUGUCACCACUUACUUGCCAGCUGAUCGAAAUUAUCUCAUGGCUGCGCACCCUCAUGGCGUAAUUUGUUUCGGACUAUACGCUGCUUUCGUGAGAGAGUUCGAAGGCUGUGAACGUAGAAAUGUAAGUGUAAAAUGUACACAGUAG